AGUUCUUGAGUAGGAGACUCCACAUCCCGGGUGACCCGGGUUGUAGCUGCUGGUUCAAGUGGUCUCUCGUGUCUACCACUAUGGCCUGGACUAAGUACCAGUUGUUCCUGGCCGGGCUCAUGCUGGUCACCGGCUCCAUCAACACGCUUUCGGCAAAGUGGGCCGACAACUUCGUAGCUGAGGGCUGUGGAGGAGGCCAGGAGCACAGCUUCAAGCAUCCCUUCGUCCAGGCAGUGGGCAUGUUCCUGGGAGAGUUCUCCUGCCUCGCUGCCUUCUACCUGCUCAAAUGCCAAGGCAGAAGACAGUCAGCCUCCAGUGUAGAGCCCCAGCAGCCCUUCAACGCCCUGCUUUUCCUGCCCCCAGCCCUGUGUGACAUGACUGGGACCAGCAUCAUGUACGUGGCCCUGAACAUGACCAGUGCCUCGAGCUUUCAGAUGCUGCGGGGUGCAGUGAUCAUCUUCACAGGCCUGUUCUCAGUGGCCUUCCUGGACCGGAGGCUGGCACCAAGCCAGUGGCUGGGCAUCCUGAUCACUAUUGCGGGACUGGUGGUAGUUGGCCUGGCUGACCUCCUGAGCAAGCAUGACAGUCAACACAAGCUCAGUGAAGUCAUCACAGGUGACUUGUUGAUCAUCAUGGCCCAGAUCAUCAUUGCCAUCCAGAUGGUGCUAGAGGAGAAGUUUGUCUACAAACACAACAUCCACCCACUCCAGGCAGUGGGCAUCGAGGGCUUCUUCGGCUUCGUGAUCCUCUCCCUGCUGCUUGUGCCUAUGUACUACAUCCCCACGGCCUCCUUUAGUGGGAACCCUCGCGGGGUGCUGGAAGACGCUCUGGAUGCCUUCUGCCAGGUGGGCCGACAGCCCCUGAUUGCCCUGGCUCUGCUGGGCAACAUCAGCAGCAUUGCCUUCUUCAACUUUUCGGGCAUCAGUGUCACCAAGGAACUGAGUGCCACCACCCGCAUGGUGCUAGACACCCUGCGCACUGUGGUCAUCUGGGCCUUUACCCUUGCACUGGGCUGGGAGAUCUUCCAUCCAUUGCAGAUCCUUGGUUUCCUCAUCCUCCUUAUGGGCACCGCCCUCUAUAAUGGGCUGCACCGACCACUGCUAGCCUGCCUGUCCAGACGCUGGCAACUCCCUAACCAGGAGGGAGAGCAAGAGAGACUGCUAGGUGACAGUCGGACUCCCAUCAAUGAAGCCAGCUGAACCUGCAGUGGGAUCUCUGCUGCCACCAGAUGGCUGAGGCCGUGCAGACUGGUGGACUGUGAGUGCCCUGUCCCCAAGGCCUUGUCCCACCCAUCCUUACUGACCCCUCUGUGCAGCCGCUGCCAGAGAGGAUGGGAGGAUACCAGGUCCUGCUUUAAUCCUGAGGCCUGUAAUAUUGGGACCCAGCCCCCACAGGCCCAGAGAUGGCAACCACUCAGCCUCCAGUUCUGCUGCACUAGAACAAAAUUAUGAGCUUGAGACUUCUCAACCCUAGUGUUUCUGUUAUACACUGACUUGCCAUGGUAGGUUACCUAGCCUAUGAACCAUGGGUGAGCAGGGUCAAAUCAGAGCUAAGGGACUAUUCUGCAGGGUUGGAAGACACUCCCGAAGCCUGUCUAAAAACCUAGUUUCUGGCUCAGCCGUGGCUGCAGGCUUGGUGUGUGCGCCAGGUCUGACUGCUCUGCAGCACAGGUAUACAUAAUGUGUCCUUGGUGCCUUGCAGCCCCAGCAUCCUAUGGCCUCUGAUUGUCAUUAGCCUGAGAAAAGAGAAGCACGCCUGUACCCCUCCUCCCCAUGUGGGGGCUCUUUGGUAUUUUUGUUUUGGUUUAGCUUGGGGUUUUGGCCAUUACAUGUCCCUGACUGUCCUGAAACUCAUGGUGUAGACCAGGCUAACCCCAAACUCACAAGAGAUUUACCUUCUACUUCAGUGCUGGAAUUAAAGGUGUACAUCAUCAUGUCCAACACCUCCUUGAUGUUUUAACCUCCUUGAUGUUCUUCAUACCCUAAGGCCCUCUGCCUGGGAAAGACAAAGGGGGAUUCCAGGCAGCCCAGGAAAUUGAUUCAGGAGCUUGUUUUGUUCUGUUUGAAGCAAAAGUCUGGAUGCAAAAGUCUUAUUGUAUGGUACCAUCAUUCAACUUCCUAUGUGGCCCAGAGCUGGCCUCAAACUCAGCCUUCCUGCCUUCCCCUCCUAAGUGCUGAGACUACAGGAAGGUACCACCUGGCCAGCAGAGCUUCCAUUCUAAAGGAGACUGAAGCCUGGGGUUGUAACUUGUUUGGCAAGAGGGGUCUGUGCUUACUGCCAGCUUAGGCCAAAGACCUGAGAGGCCCCUGAUACAGGCAGCUGCAUUACUCUGUAUUAGAGAGACACCAAGCCAGUGUGGCCCUGCUCCCAGGAAUCUGGACCCAUAGCGUCCACAGGAUGACAGACUUAGCAGGGGUCUUUCUCACUGGGUAAUCUGGCAUCCCAGCAUUAGGUUAAGUGCUUCGUCCUUACUCUCUCUCAUGAUGUCUGCAGAGGCAAGUGCAGAGGGAAAAACCAUGGUACUCCCAGAAGGUGAGGGAUGCGCACGCACACACACACACACACACACACACACACACACACACACACACACACGGUAUCCCACCCAGCAGGCGUGUCUAAGUCCACUACUGUGCAAAUCUCUGUGGGCCUUUGUGGUGGAUUUCCAGGGCUGGGCUAAAGACCUGACAGGCUGUUACCCUGCAGAUGCUCUUACCCUGCAUAGAAGAAACGAGGCAGGAAGGAGCCCCGGGGCCCUGGCAGCCCUUAAUCACAGCAUUGCUUAUGAGAAUGGCUGGGUGGCCACUCACUAGUAAAACACUACAGCUUUCUUUGUGAGGGGAAGGGGCUCUUGAUGAGCAAAGCCCUCAGUUUAAUUUGAUUCCAAAAGAUUCUAAUGGUGUGUCAAGGAAGGAAGGAACUCUUCCAUUCCAUUAGCCCAGAGUCCCCGGGACCCCAGCUUCUCUGGAUUAUAGUCUGUCACAGGGAGAAGAAAAUGUGCCUCCUUACUCAAGGUGACAGAGACAGUGUGGCAGCUGGCUUGUACAAAAAUAAAAACUA